GCAUUUUGCAUGGACAUUACUUGGAGUACACUAAAGAAAUAAUUCAGAAGGAUAUACAAAAGCAAGCGUAGUAGCCAUAUUCCAAGAAGUUAUCCAUCAUCAGCUGAUUUAUCAUAUAAUAAAAUAAAUUACCAGGAAGGCUGUUAUCUGAUUUAAAAGAAAUAUCCAAUGAGUAUGCUACACAAAUAUUCUAGAAAGUGAGCUUAUAAAUCGAUAUUUCUCUUUACUUCUGCACCAACCUGAUGUUGCUCAAUUUUUUAGGUUAUCUUAUUUGUUAGUUUCUUAAAGUGCUCUAUUUCAGAUUGCACCUUUUCCUGCUGAUAAUUGUAAGUGCACUGAUGACAUUGACUUUUACAUAUUACGGAAUAACCAUUGAUGAUUCUUACAAUACUCUAUUAACAAAAGUGAAUAUCAGAGAUGGACUACUAAUAAAUACAACAGGAUGCAAAGUGGAGUAUAUUGCUCCAUUCUCCCCAAUAGCAAAACAGCACUUUACAACAAUGACAAGGCCUGAUUGUACAAAAAAACAAAAAUUAAAAAAUUUCACAUGGGUAGAAGAUGGGCAUUUAAAAAUAUCUAAAGACGAUCGAACUGCUUUAAUUUCACGUGGUGUUGUGUGUAAAUACUAUAAAAUAUCCCGAAAAGCGAAAACAGAUUUUGGAUUUUCAUUAGGUGCAGCAAUUCCUAUUGAUUUAAAGAUUAACUACUCUCUUCCUUUGAAAAAAAUUGAAUUUUUGAAAGUUAUCUGUCAACGGAAUUCUAGUUUAUUAUAUGAGAAUUAUCAUACCAAUGUAUUUUGGAAAAGAGGCAAGGCCUUGUAUAAUCAAUCUCAAAGCUCACUUUAUAAUUUAUUAUUUGUCGGAAUUGAUUCGACGUCUAGAAAUAAUUUAAUACGAUAUAUGCCGAAAGUUUACGAUUAUUUGCUUAAAGAUUUAAAUGCGAUAGAUUAUGAGGGUUUUAUCAAAGUAGCUGGCUACACUCUUGGAAAUAUUGGUGUUAUGCUUAGGGGUAAAUGGGUACAAGAGUGGAAGGGUUUUUCCUCUAAACCCUAUUUAGAUAAAUAUCGAUUUGCAUUUCAAGAUUUUGCAGAUAAAGGUUAUGUGACUCUAUUUAGCGAAGAUGAUUCUCAAUUUUCUAUGUUUAAGUCGGCUAUCAGAGGCUUUAAAAACCAACCCAUGGACUAUUGGGGAAUACCUUUUACUGAUGCAGCGUCGAAAGGUAAAUUGUCGCCAAGUUCACUAUGUUUUGGUCAAAAAACAAACGUCCAAGCUCUUACCGAUUGGGUCUUGCAGUAUCAAAGUAUAUAUAAGGAUCAAAAAUGGUGGGCUCAUAUUCAUCAAGCGAUUUCAGUUCAUUCAAGAUUAGAUACUCUGGGAGCUUUAGAAAAAGACUACUUACAUUUCUUUCAGGAAAUCAAAGAGAGAGAUGUUUUUAAAAACUCGUUUCUUUUUUUCUACGCUGAUCAUGGUCUAAGAUAUGGCACAUUCAGACAAACGUACGUUGGUAGAUACGAAGAGCAUUUGCCAUUUAUGAUAAUAGUUCCACCCAGAGAUUUUAUAGCAAAGUAUCCGACUUACUACGAGCAUAUGCGUUUAAAUUCAAAGAAACUUUCUACUUAUUUUGAUAUUCAUAAAACUUUAUAUCAUUUAUUAAAUUUGAAUAACGAGAAGUUAUAUUAUGAAAAACACGGCAAGAAAAGAGGAGAGUCAUUGUUCAAUAUAAUACCAGAUAAUAGAACGUGCCAAACUGCUCCACUUAGACAAAGAGACUGCUUGUGUAAAACCCAAAUGAAGAUAUCAACAGAAAAUAAGCUUGUUAGAUCAGCUACAUCAUUUGCAUUUUCAAAAAUGAGAUCUCUUGUCAAAAAACACGAUAAGAAAAAAGUAUGUAAAACAAUGUCUUUAUCAAGAGCUGUUGAAGCUUUUAUUCUGCUAAAAUCUUUGAAAGAUGGCGUUCCAUUAACUGAAAAUGAACUAAAAUCAAAAACUGAUAGUUCGUAUGCUAAAUUAGUAAUUACUUUUAUAGCUAAACCAUCAUUUGGAAUUUUCGAAGCUAUGGUAGGCUAUUCCUAUGAUUCAAGGAAAUUCACUCUACUUGAGAAUUUUGAACGAUUGGAUAAGUAUGGUAAUCAGUCUGAUUGCAUCAAUAAUAGGGAACUGAAAGGUAUUUGUUAUUGUAAAUUGUAAAUAUAGCAAGUAAAGUGCUAUUGUCUAGAUCCUUUGCUGCCAAAUUAAUAAAAAUAUGCUAUUUUUUACAAAUAUCUUCCCUUUCUAUAUGGUUAAUUUAAGCUUGACAAAUACUUAGAGACUAAGACAAAAAGGCAGAAGUAUUUUACUAUUCAUGUUUUGAUUACAGCCAUAAAUCCUUAUACUGACUGUUUGUGAAAAGUUAAUGCUCAUAUAAAUUGUAUAUUUAGUAUAUACACUAUAAAUAUAUAAUGUAUAUAUAAACAUAUAUGCUUAAAAUAUUUUUGACUGUAUAUUUAUUUCCUUGAAUAGCACAAAGCUGUUUCUACAACAGGGAAAAUUGUUACUAUCCGUAUGUAUUCUUCUAGGAAGUCACGAAAAAUAGUUAAUAUUUAAGACUAUCGCUUUUUAAAAAAGGCUUACUAACAUUCUUAAAUAAUAAUACAUUUUUAAUAUUUGAACAAUAAAUCCGAUUACAUAAAUGCAAAAUUUUAUUGAUUAAGUAAAAAACAAUUUCUAUAACAAAAAAUGUAUUAUAUUAUUGAUACGGGUUCAUAUAUGAACAAUAUAUACAAUAAACUAUUUAUGUAAAUGCAUGCUCUCUUAAAUGGAAAAUAGCUAAAAUGACAUCAUUAUGCUCUUUAUUUGUUAUAUUAAGUGUACAUAGUCAUUCUGCUUCAAUAAUUAAUAUCUAUCAUAAAUGCUCUGAAAAUAAUAAUUUUCAAGCAAGUGUAUCUACAACCUACCGCCCUCUAUCGGAUUUAAAUAAAUUUAAUUCCUUUUAAAAAGUUGAUGGAUGAAAGAACACUUUUUCUAGAAAUACGAAACAUUCAGAAUUAUUAAAAACAAAUUCUAGCGAAAAUUUUAAAGGUUGCUAUAACUUACCAAGAUGCAAUCGCCUGUUUUCUUAGUAAACCUUUUGUUAAUGAAUAUACAAAAAGGAUUAAGGAGAUUAAGAAGCCUUUCUUCGCUUUGGGUUUUCCCAAAAUGCAAACACGUUAAUAAAUAGAAAAGAUAAAGUUAGGUUAUAAGUUUAUCAAUAUAUAGAG